AUGGUGAUAAUCGACGACCACGAAUAUCUCAGUGUGGAGGAGAAGCGACUCCAGGAGGAUCGCGAGCGCACCAGAUAUUGGAAGAAAUGGGGUCCCUAUGUGGCAGAACGACAAUGGUCUACCGCUUUGACUGAUGGCCGCAUCUUGCUCCAACAGUUAGGGAGGAUUAUUCCGAAAAUGGCGAUGCAUGGAGUUAGGAAGUUUCCGUAUCAGGAGCUCGUCGACGAGAAUGCGAGGCGUGGGAAGCAGGACCGCGAGUACCAACUUUUGGACACGGGCAUUUUCAACGACAACCGGUACUGGGAUAUCUUCAUUGAAACGGCCAAGGAGGCCGACGAUGAAGAAGAGUUGCUAUUCCGUGUCAUUGCGUACAAUCGUGGACCUGAAUCUGCUCCGUUACAUAUCAUCCCCCAUGUCUGGUACAGGAACACGUGGACGUGGGGUUGGGAGGAGAAGGAGAAGAAACCCUUGAUAAAACAAAUCGGUCCCUUAACAGCCGAGUCACAUCACUGGAAACUUGGGCAACGAUACGUCCGCCUUUCGCCCUCACCCGCCAUCAAUGGUGGUGAGCAGGAUAUCCAACCUCGACUGCUCUUCACGGAGAACGACACCAACAAUGAGGCCCUCUGGGGCACUAAGAACGACCAACCUUACGUAAAAGAUGCGUUCCAUCGUUACAUCGUCAACGAGGAAAAGGAGGCUAUCAACCCAGCCAACCGGGGCACCAAAUUUGCGGCUUGGUAUGCCUUUGAUGAGGGCGAUGGCGUUCCCCCGGGAGAGUGUGUCGUCGUACGCUUCCGAUUCUCGAGGAAAAAUGAGGACUAUGUGAAUGAAGAAGAGCUGGACGACGUGAUAGAGCAGCGCAGGGCGGAAGCGGAUGAUUUCUACUAUCGUAUCAGUCCUCUUCCCAUGUCGGAGGAUUUACGGAAUAUACAAAGACAGGCCCUCUCUGGCAUGCUAUGGACCAAGCAGUAUUAUCACUUUAUCUGGGGUCAAUGGGCUAACGGCGACCCCAACAUGGUCCCGCCACCUCCUGGCCGGAAAGGAAUCCGCAAUGAAAAAUGGAAACAUCUGUAUCUGGAUGAUAUUCUGUCAAUGCCGGACUCUUGGGAAUAUCCCUUCUUCGCAGCCUGGGAUACGGCUUUCCACUGCAUCCCGCUCGCCAUGAUCGAUCCCGACUUUGCCAAAAAGCAGCUGGAUCUCCUUACUCGGGAGUGGUACAUGCAUCCCAAUGGACAGCUUCCCGCUUACGAAUGGAACUUUGGCGAUGUCAACCCCCCGGUGCAUGCUUGGGCCGUCUUUAGAACUUUCAAGAUCGAACGGAAGAUGUACGGGCGGCAGGAUCUCGAUUUCCUAGAACGUGUCUUCCAGAAAUUGUUGUUGAACUUCACCUGGUGGGUGAACCGCAAGGACUCUGAAGGCAAGAACGUGUUUGAAGGUGGCUUCCUCGGCCUCGACAAUAUCGGUCUCUUCAACCGUUCCGAGCCAUUACCGACCGGCGGAGUUCUAGAGCAGGCUGACAGUACGGGAUGGAUGGCUUUUUACUGCUUAAGUAUGCUGAAUAUUGCUCUGGAGCUAGCUAAGCACCGUCGAACAUACGAAGAUAUCGCAUCCAAAUUCUUUGAACACUUUAUUUUAAUCAGCGAUGCUAUGACGUUCAAGUCUGAUGAGAAGGAGACCUCCCUUUGGAACGAGGAAGACAGUUUUUAUUACGACGCCAUUUCUUACGGUGGUCCGUGGAGUCAGCAGCUCCCCGUGAGAUCCCUGGUUGGAUUGAUCCCUCUAUAUGCAGUGCUCACCCUAGAACCGGAAGUCAUCAACCAAUUCCCGUCUUUCAAGCGCCGAUUGAACUGGUUCAUUGAGAAUAAGAAUGAUGUUGCCGAACGCAACAUUGCCAGUAUGCGGCACCGUGGCAAGGAUGACCGACUGCUUUUGGCUCUCGUGAAUCGAGAUAGACUGGAGAAGAUCCUGAACAGGAUGCUGGACGAGUCCGAAUUCCUGGCAGAUCACGGCAUCCGGUCGCUGUCCAAGUACCACGCAGAGCAUCCAUACUCAAUGCAAGUCAAUGGCCAGGAGUUCAAAGUGGGCUACGUCCCCGGGGACUCUGACAGCGGGUUGUUUGGUGGCAACAGCAAUUGGCGCGGUCCGAUUUGGAUAUGCGUCAAUUUUUUGCUCAUCGAGUCUCUGCUGCGAUUCUACAUGUUCUACAGCGACUCAUUCAAGGUCGAGUGUCCGACCGGUUCGGGAGAGUACAUGCACUUAGGCCAUGUCGCUCAGGGGAUCCAGCAUCGUCUGCAGCACCUGUAUGCGAGAAACGAGGAAGGACGCCGAGCAGUCAAUGCCGGGUCUGACCUGCUUGACUUUGACGAGCACUGGAAGGAUUAUCUGUGGUUCUACGAGUUCUUUGAUGCUGACACCGGUCGGGGGCUGGGGGCCUCGCACCAAUGCGGUUGGACUGGCUUGCUUGCAAAGAUCAUUCAUGACACUGGACUCAACUGCCGUCUGCCGCAAACACCGCGCACCCCAUCCACGGCAGCGGCGCAUUACUUCGACGAUAUACUUUCGCGUUCGGCGAAGCCUCGCAGGCCCAGUACUCCGAUGAUGCGUCGCUCGUCCACUAGUCGCUCUAUUGGAAACCGUAGCGACUUUGCGACCACCGUUAACGGGGACGUGGACAGCUUAAGCUUGGACGACGAUGGCAAUCACAGACCAUCCAACCAACUGACUCACGAAGAGGAUGAGUAUCUCACCAACUACGUCGCAAGUCAGCUGGAUCGGGUGAGAAGUCAGGCGUCACUCGGCGCGUACGAGGACGAGUUUGAAGCGCAGCUUGACGAGUAG